UAAACGAUUGAUCGGGAUUUUUGUGAAUUUUUAACUGAAAAUCUAGAUUAUCAAUUUUGACCAUUCUCUGCAAGCCGAUCACAGUGGUCACUGUGAGCGUUUAUAUAGAAUAAAAUCAGAGAUCGGUGGUGUCUUUGAGGAAUGGUCACGGAAACCGAUAUUGCACGAGCUUUGAAUUUCGUGUUCCUUAAAUUAAAACUCUGGUUGUUUUGUUUUGAUCGACUUUUAAAUCAUAAUAUCGCUCCAGUAUGACAGCCACGAAGCGGAUGGCGGCCUAGUGUAAUAUAGCGAAGACAAACUGGAACACCAUAUGUGAUACAAUUUAAGUAUAAGAAAAUUUUGUUAGAUAAAUAAUUCUGGAAUUCAAUUGUUUAUUAACAGAAUGAAUUAGAUCGUGCGAUUGCUUAUAUCUUCAACUGUAUUUCUUCAUUGAUUACGCUUCUUGGGAAAGACGGAAGUUGUUAUAAUUAUACACCCGUCUACAGCAUUAGGAGCUCGGAGAAAGCUUAGUUAUUAAUUUUCCUCCGCACUGUUAUUUGCCCCAGAAAUGAAGAGUAACUUAAAAUUGUUUCAAAUUCAGAAAUUAUUAAUUUUGAACCAUGAUUUCUCUUAGAAGGCGAUCGACUUUCUUUUCCAGCAUUCUAUUUCAAAUCUCCCAUUCGUUCUGCAGAGACAAAAGAAUUCACCAUCGAUUAGAACAGGUUCCAGCAAAAGAAAGAUAAAAGCGUAAUAAAACGCGGAAGCGAUUAACAGGGCAUGCAAUAGCCUCAGCACGUGUAGCAAGUAAAAUUGUACGCUCGUAUGCAAUCAUUGAGACGGGCAACGCUUUCACGUAAUUGCCAAGAUAUUAUGCUAUUUGAAAUUUCGACUGGCCGAGUGAAUCGUGGUUGCAUGUUACAAGGAAAUUGUUCGAAGGGAAAGGAAAUACUUAAAUUGCCAUCAAUUUUUUGGUUCUUACAUAUUGGAUAAUUAAUAAAAGAUUAGAUCGCGGUUAAUCGAGGCUCUGAUUUCAAUCCGACAGACUAUGAUCUAUUCAAGAGACGAAGCACUGAUCGUAAAUCCGAGGAUGAUCUACCCUUCGUCGACCUUCUGGCUAUUUUUCACCGUUGAAUUUUUAAUCGGAGCACUUCUAUCCGCUUUUCUUGCUGCUCUCGCGCUAUUGAAGUCCCUGUUACCGAAACCGCCUCGAGAUUUAACCGGAGAUGUGGUCGUAGUAGCAGGAGCCUCCUCGCCCCUCGGCAAAUCCCUGGCCGAAGAAUUCGCGAAAAAAGGAUGCACCGUGGUUUGUAUUGACAGUGACUCCAGAUCCAUCCAGGAAACAGCUUGCAAAUUGAAGGCAACUCAUCCUAGCGUUGAAGAAAUCACACCUAGACACAGAAAGGACGAUUCCUCGAGGCACGAAUCAAUGAUAUAUGCUUAUCAAUGCGAUUUAAUAGACAGGAAUGAUAUUCGGAGAACGGCAGAAAGAAUCAAGGAAGAUAUUGGAAGGGUUGAUAUCCUGGUUACCUGCGUUGGUAAUCCGAAUCAGGAUAUCUUCGAUGCGACUAGUAGGACUCUGAUGAGUCAUUUUUGGACAGCCAUGGCAUUCGUACCAUUAAUGUUGUAUCGCGAACGAGCUCAUAUCGUUGGCGUAACUCCCGUUGCGUCGAGUCAAGAUGCGUUCCAUGGUUCAAGAGCAGCGAUAGUCAGUCUGAAAGAAAGUCUUUGUCAAGAAUUGGGUAAUUUCAGCAGUCAGCUGACGUUCCUGGCAUUCACACCGAUCGUCAAAUCCAGCACGCCGAAGGAAAGCGAAGAACAAGUGGCUCGUAACAUCGUGCGUGCUGUUAGAACGGAUCAGAAUACAUUGAGCACCGGUUGGGUGUCCAGAUUCUUAUACCAAACAAGCUGUGCUGUUUACUAUGGAAUAACGCUCGUCACGCAAUGGAUCCAUUCCCAGGGAUGCGAUUAUUCUACAUAAGUUUUAUUUAUAAAAUAAAAUCAAUAGAAAAAAGGACACAGUAAAGAUGGACAGUUCGAUGGUCUGCAAACGAUGAUCGGGGCAAAAAUUCAAGUGUUUUCCGUUACUAUUAACAAAUAAGACACCAAUAGAGAUAUUUAUCCUAAUUAAAAAAAGGAACAUUAAUUUUUCAAUAUUUCUGCAGCACGUCGAGACAACAGAAAGUGAUCGAAUUUAUAUCAGGCACAGACAUUCUCUUCGUCGAAGAAUGCCCGUCAUUCGGGAAACAGAACGUCGUAAUGACCGUUGUCCGAGUUUCCGGUGAAUAAUAGCCUGGCGGUCUCGUAUCGAGAGCUCACGUGAUUAUGGAACACUCGUUUCAGCUCUUGCCUUUCGUUGAUUUCCCGGUAGAUCGAUAGAUUCAUGUAGUACAUCUUCGUUGCCACGGUGCACUCGAGCUCGCUGGCGAACGUGCCAACCAUGUUCAUGUAAUCGCAGUACGUCUGACGGUCGGAUAUGUUCCAUUCGGCCAUCACAAACGGCCCGUACUCCUGCCAAUUUUCUUUGAUGUGUUGUACGACCUGAUGAACACCGUUCACAUUGAGUUUUAUACAUUUGUAAUAAUCUACUGUGCGUUAUUCGAAUGAGCCAGAAAUUAAUUCUUAAUUAACAUAAUACGAAUAAAUAUUUGUAUUUGAGAAAAAUAUAAAGCACACCAUUGUACGUAGGUAGCGGUGCUCGUCUUCAUUCCGCCAGAGGAUGUAACUGAUCGCUCGGAACAUGCAAUUGCCAUCGCCGUAAAUGCUGUGCACGCGAAACGUGCCCUCGGUGCACCUUAAACGAGCCGUACCUAAUGAACGUAGAUAUAAAUUAAUGAACUUAAACAGAAAAAAAAA